AUGGUGUUCACAUGCGGUUGCGGACGACCGUUUAAGAGUGGAAGAGGAUUGGAGAACCAUCAGCAAGCAUGUAGGAAACGCAGCAGGCAUGAUGAGAGUAUUGAUGAGGAAGUGUUCGAGUAUGUACGCCAACACCGUUCCGAUGGAGCCAUCAAUUUGGAGUCCUUGCGAAACACGGCGAGAAAUGAAGAGAGGGCCACUCGUGCUCCUACACCAGCUGCGACGUUCCAAUUUCCUAGUGUGGGGGAAGAAGAGGAGAUACCGCUUAGAAACGCUUUCCUGGGUGUGGAGAAGCUGGUAGAACCAGAGGAGGAGAGGUACGAUCCAGACAAGGCCUUGAUGCUCGCUUUCAAUAAGUGCAACGGAGGUAUGGGCCUUUCCACGCAUGAUACCAACUUGAUUCUAGCAGUCAUGCAUGAUUGCCGUUUUGUAAAACCUUCUUUCAAGAACAGAGCUGCCUUGGAGAAGUACGAGAAGCAGAUGUUGGCUGAGAUGACCGGGAUACAGGAGUGGGAGGCUAUAGAUUCACCCAUCACCCCAUCUCCCUCACUCAUCACCCCAUCUCCCUCACUCAUCACCCCAUCUCCCUCACUCAUCACCCCAUCUCCCUCACUCAUCACCCCAUCUCCCUCACUCAUCACCCCAUCUCCCUCACUCAUCACCCCAUCCCCCUCACGGUUUCACCCCAUCUCUCGCACUCAUCACCCCAUUUCAGUCACCCAUCACCCCAUUUCAGUCACACAUCACCCCAUCUCCCUCACUCAUCGCCCCAUCUCCCUCACAGUUUCACCCCAUCUCCCUCACUCAUCGCCCCAUCUCCCUCACGGUUUCACACCAUCUCCCUCACUCAUCGCCCCAUCUCCCUCACGGUUUCCCCCCAUCUCCCUCACUCAUCGCCCCAUCUCCCUCACGGUUUCACCCCAUCUCCCUCACUCAUCGCCCCAUCUCCCUCACGGUUUCACCCCAUCUCCCUCACUCAUCACCCCAUCUCCCUCACGGUUUCACCCCAACUCCCUCACUCAUCGCCCCAUCUCCCUCACGGUUUCACCCCAUCUCCCUCACUCAUCGCCCCAUCUCCCUCACGGUUUCACCCCAUCUCCCUCACUCAUCGCCCCAUCUCCCUCACGGUUUCACCCCAUCUCCCUCACUCAUCACCCCAUCUCCCUCACGGUUUCACCCCAUCUCCCUCACUCAUCGCCCCAUCUCCCUCACGGUUUCACCCCAUCUCCCUCACUCAUCGCCCCAUCUCCCUCACGGUUUCACCCCAACUCCCUCACUCAUCGCCCCAUCUCCCUCACGGUUUCACCCCAUCUCCCUCACUCAUCGCCCCAUCUCCCUCACGGUUUCACCCCAUCUCCCUCACUCAUCGCCCCAUCUCCCUCACGGUUUCACCCCAACUCCCUCACUCAUCGCCCCAUCUCCCUCACGGCUGCCAUUUGGGGUUUUAACUUGGGAGGGAGUGAGGUCGGAAAUCCCUACCGAGCACUGCUUGUGGAAGUCAUGCACGCGCUAGACCUUGGCAUCUUCAUGCACAUCGUGUCAUGCAUUCGAGUCAUGUACAAGGACGACACGAGAGUGCUGAAGGCUCUUGACAAGGCACUGCAGGAUCUGGGUGAUGCAACCCGCAUCUCAGGAUUCCUCCCUACUACUCUAUCCUUCACCCUCAUCUCUCAAACCAUACCUCUCCAUCCCUCUCUGUUGAUCCCUCCUCCACCCUCUCAUCCCAUCUUGCUUCGCCCUCUCCCUUUUUCUCACUCCCUACUUGCCUAUCUCUUCUCUCCACGCCUACCUCCAUGCAGCUCCCACUUCCUCCCUGGCAACUUCUCCCUGCCCAGCCCAUCAUCCUCCCUCUCCUCACCCACUGCAGCUCCCUCCUCACUCGCUAUUCCUCAACACCGCUCCCCCCUCCCGUGCUACUCCUCCCUGCAGCUCCCCCCUCCCGUGCUACUCCUCCCUGCAGCUCCCCCUUCCUUGCUACUCCUCCCUGCAGCUCCCCCCUCCCUUGCUACUCCUCCCUGCAGCUCCCCCCUCCCGUGCUACUCCUCCCUGCAGCUCCCCCUUCCUUGCUACUCCUCCCUGCAGCUCCCCCCUUCCUUGCUACUCCUCCCUGCAGCUCCCCCCUCCCUUGCUACUCCUCCCUGCAGCUCCCCCCUCCCGUGCUACUCCUCCCUGCAGCUCCCCCUUCCUUGCUACUCCUCCCUGCAGCUCCCCCCUUCCUUGCUACUCCUCCCUGCAGCUCCCCCCUCCCUUGCUACUCCUCCUUGCAGCUCCCCCCUCCCGUGCUACUCCUCCCUGCAGCUCCCCCUUCCUUGCUACUCCUCCCUGCAGCUCCCCCCUCCCGUGCUACUCCUCCCUGCAGCUCCCCCUUCCUUGCUACUCCUCCCUGCAGCUCCCCCCUUCCUUGCUACUCCUCCCUGCAGCUCCCCCCUCCCUUGCUACUCCUCCCUGCAGCUCCCCCCUUCCUUGCUAUUCCUCCCUGCAGCUCCCCCCUUCCUUGCUACUCCUCCCUGCAGCUCCCCCCUCCCUUGCUACUCCUCCCUGCAGCUCCCCCCUCCCGUGCUACUCCUCCCUGCAGCUCCCCCCUCCCGUGCUACUCCUCCCUGCAGCUCCCCCUUCCUUGCUACUCCUCCCUGCAGCUCCCCCCUCCCUUGCUACUCCUCCCUGCAGCUCCCCCCUCCCGUGCUACUCCUCCCUGCAGCUCCCCCUUCCUUGCUACUCCUCCCUGCAGCUCCCCCCUUCCUUGCUACUCCUCCCUGCAGCUCCCCCCUCCCUUGCUACUCCUCCCUGCAGCUCCCCCCUCCCGUGCUACUCCUCCCUGCAGCUCCCCCUUCCUUGCUACUCCUCCCUGCAGCUCCCCCCUUCCUUGCUACUCCUCCCUGCAGCUCCCCCCUCCCUUGCUACUCCUCCUUGCAGCUCCCCCCUCCCGUGCUACUCCUCCCUGCAGCUCCCCCUUCCUUGCUACUCCUCCCUGCAGCUCCCCCCUCCCGUGCUACUCCUCCCUGCAGCUCCCCCUUCCUUGCUACUCCUCCCUGCAGCUCCCCCCUUCCUUGCUACUCCUCCCUGCAGCUCCCCCCUCCCUUGCUACUCCUCCCUGCAGCUCCCCCCUUCCUUGCUAUUCCUCCCUGCAGCUCCCCCCUUCCUUGCUAUUCCUCCCUGCAGCUCCCCCCUCCCUUGCUACUCCUCCUUGCAGCUCCCCCCUCCCUUGCUACUCCUCCCUGCAGCUCCCCCUUCCUUGCUACUCCUCCCUGCAGCUCCCCCCUUCCUUGCUACUCCUCCCUGCAGCUCCCCCCUUCCUUGCUACUCCUCCUUGCAGCUCCCCCCUCCCGUGCUACUCCUCCCUGCAGCUCCCCCUUCCUUGCUACUCCUCCCUGCAGCUCCCCCUCCCUUGCUACUCCUCCCUGCAGCUCCCCCUUCCUUGCUACUCCUCCCUGCAGCUCCCCCCUUCCUUGCUACUCCUCCCUGCAGCUCCCCCCUCCCUUGCUACUCCUCCCUGCAGCUCCCCCCUCCCGUGCUACUCCUCCCUGCAGCUCCCCCCUUCCUUGCUAUUCCUCCCUGCAGCUCCCCCCUUCCUUGCUAUUCCUCCCUGCAGCUCCCCCCUCCCUUGCUACUCCUCCCUGCAGCUCCCCCCUCCCGUGCUACUCCUCCCUGCAGCUCCCCCCUUCCUUGCUAUUCCUCCCUGCAGCUCCCCCCUUCCUUGCUAUUCCUCCCUGCAGCUCCCCCCUUCCUUGCUACUCCUCCUUGCAGCUCCCCCCUCCCGUGCUACUCCUCCCUGCAGCUCCCCCUUCCUUGCUACUCCUCCCUGCAGCUCCCCCCUUCCUUGCUACUCCUCCCUGCAGCUCCCCCCUCCCUUGCUACUCCUCCCUGCAGCUCCCCCCUCCCGUGCUACUCCUCCCUGCAGCUCCCCCCUUCCUUGCUAUUCCUCCCUGCAGCUCCCCCCUUCCUUGCUAUUCCUCCCUGCAGCUCCCCCCUCCCUUGCUACUCCUCCCUGCAGCUCCUCCCUUCCUUGCUGUGCUUUUUCCCUCCCCCUAG